AUGCAAAAUCCGACACGGAUGCGACUGUUCGAAAAGUUUCACUGGAAAAAGAUCACCAUACUUCAGUCGGUUGAAGAGGUUUUCACAUCGACCGCCAAAGAUCUCGAGGAACUGGGACGUCGUAAAGGCAUUCGUGUUGAACGUCAAAGUUUCUAUGGUGAUCCAACCGACGCCAUGAAGACACUACGUCGGCAAGAUGCCCGGGUUAUCGUCGGUCUGUUCUAUGUGACGGAAGCGAGGAAAGUCCUCUGCCAGGCAUAUCAUCACAAAUUGUAUGGUCGCAAGUAUACAUGGUUUUUCAUUGGAUGGUAUGCUGACACCUGGUACAUUCCACCACCUGAAGAGCAUUUGAACUGCACCGCUGAGCAGAUGGUUGAAGCGGCACAGUAUCACUUUACCACGGAGAGCGUGAUGUUGUCUCGAGAUGAGAACGCUACAAUAUCCGGUAUGACCGGACGAGAGUUUCAAGCACGUCUCACGGCUAUGCUGUCACCAGAUUCUGAUCCAGCGAAUACCGGAGGAUUUCCAGAGGCUCCACUUGCCUACGAUGCUGUAUGGGCGUUGGCGUUAGCGUUCAACUGUACGCGGAAUCGGCUACCACCAGGUGUUCGAUUGGAGCAGUUUAGCUAUGAUAACCAGGAAAUGGCCGAUAUCCUUUUCGAAUGUGUCAAGAACACCUUGUUCAAAGGAGUUUCGGGACGAGUGAUGUUUUCCGAUUCUGGUGAUCGAAUAGCUCGCACUCAAAUCGAACAAAUGCAAAACGGUAAAUAUGUUGUGAUGGGUUUUUAUGAUACGACAACACAAGAACUGGAAUGGUAUAACAAAGAGCAAUGGUACUCGAGCAAGGGUCCACCUCCAGAUUCGACGAUCAUUCGCGAGUCGAUCCUUACUGUUGCCAGCGAGCUCUAUUAUGCUGUUGCUGUUUUUGCGUUCAUCGGACUGGCGUUGGCAUUAGGGGCCUUCAUUUUCAACAAUAAAUAUGCUUUUCGUGGGAUUAUUGUUCAAUCACAACCACAAUGUAAUAACAUUCUGAUCACCGGUUGUUCGCUAUGCAUCGCUUCAUUAUUUCUCAUGGGCUUGCCCUCCGAGGGUAUUUCAUUGCCUCAAUCGGCAUUCUCCAUACUUUGCCAUUCUCGAAUUUCCAUCCUGAUGAUUGGCUUCACUUUUGCGUACGGGUCGAUGUUUGCGAAAGUAUGGAUAGUGCAUCGAAUGAGUGCCAGUGAAAAUCAACAACUUGCUAGCCGGCAAAAAGACGAGUACAAACCAUUACUGAACACCCAUGAGGACAAGGAGGAUGGCUCGCCAUGGGAAAGCAUACGAAUGCUGAUCGCAUCCGUUGUCGGACGUCAGGCGUAUGUGGCUGCAGCACUACGCAAAGUGUCCAAUAAUGCUUAUGGUACACUUGCCGUCACGAGACGGAUCAACACUCUCAAUCAGCCUAUUCCUUCGGGACGAUUUUAUACGGUCAUCGCAGCAUUUUUCGUCAUAGACCUAGUUAUUAUAGUGUGCUGGAUCGUAUUCGAUCCCUUACAACGAAUUGAGCAACGAUUUCCAUUACUGGAGCCUCCGGCAGAUAGCGAUGAUGACGUCAUGUUACUGCCGAUUUUGGAGUUGUGCCAAAGUUCUCAGCAGGAAGUUUGGAUAGGUCUAGUGCUCGGGUAUAAGUGUUUAUUACUAGUGUUUGGUUUGUUUCUCGCUUAUGAGUCCAGAAACCUCAAGCUGCGUUACGUGAACGACUCACGGCUUGUUGGUCUCGCCAUUUACAAUGUAGCGAUACUUUCGUUAGUCACAGGACCUGUCACGACGCUUCUGAUCCGGAGUCAAGCCAACUCCAAUUUUGCAUUUGUAGCCGUUACUGGUGAGCAAGAAUUCUUCCAAUCAAAACUAGUUCAUCCAAACGGCAACACUGUGGUACGCGGCCUUUCAAAAUCCGAUCAGAAACGGUACGAACAUCUUCGCCAUGAAAACGAAGUGCUCCAAAAGCAGAUUGAAGAG